GAUUGAUUUACUUCCGGGAUAAUCAUUUGAUGAAGUUAAAGCGUCUGCGCCCAUAGCGACGAAUAAAAGCAGCCUAGAGGGCAAUGGGGCCUGAUGGGGCCCCGAGCCAGUCUGUGCCCUGGCGGAAGGUGCUAUGGGAAUGGCAGCCGUUUCCUGACAACUACGUGGACCAGAGGUUCCUGGAGGAAUUACGGAGGAACGAGGGAAUCCGGCAGUACCGCUACUGGGCCGUAGUGAAAGAAGCAGGCUUUGUGGGACAACAGCUGUCCUGUGUGGCCAUUUUUAUCACCCUCUGGUUCUACAUGGAGCAGGGUCUCCUUGCUCCUGAGACAUUGUUUUGGACCAGUCUCACAUGUGCCCUCCUGGGUUAUGGACUGUACCAAGCAUUGACCUCUCAGACUGAAUCCUGCAGUGACCACCGCACACAUUUGGCGGAUUCACAGAGCGCCGCCCUGUUCCUUUCCUUCACCUUCGGCUUCUCGCCAGUACUCAAAACGUUAACAGAGUCUGUUAGCACAGACACUGUGUACGCCAUGUCAGCUCUGAUGCUGUUGGCCCACCUGGUGUCAUUUCCCUACGCCCACCCCUCUCCCCCGGGCAGCCUCUCUUUGAACGCUGCGUUGUUUGCCUCUGUGUGCUUGGCCUCGAGGUUACCUGGUGCUCUGCACACCUUCGCCAUGCUCACCUGUGCACUGCUAGUGUUCGCCCUGUGGCCUUGUCUACUCCAGAGGAUAAGGGCGAAUGCGCCUGGCCAGUUUACUGGGGUGUGUGUGGGAGUGUGUGUCGGAGGAGUAGGGGGUCUGGGAUCCCAGUCACUUGGGGGAGCUGUGCUCUUAUCCCUGGCCUUAGUGAGUGUCACAUUAAUCUGUCCCCUGCUGUUGGUCAGGCUGCAAAGGCACAAGGACAACAUCCACGGGCCGUGGGAUGAGGCUGAGAUUCACGAGGACCUCAGCCGCUUCCUCCACUGAAGAACAGAACAAACUAAACUAGUUAUGAGCAAACUGGCAAUUGGCUAAUUUUACACCACUCCUGUUGGUACUGUAUGUCUUUUCUGACAGAUUUUCUCAAUGGUCUGUUUGGACAGCCACAGCAAACUGCUUUCCACAGAUGGUUCCUAAUGAUAACGCUGCUACUGUUUUCCACGCACUGACCUCAAUUCUUCUACAGAAGGUAUGAAUCAGUGUGCUGGGCUGACCUGAACUACCGAACAAUAUGAAGCCAUGCAUCCAGUUUUUAAUGUUCUGAGUUUUAAGGACGUCUGUUGUACAUAGGAAUAAGGGCUCCGAUUACCUGGGUUAUUUUACUUCAGUUGAGUAAACCUCAUGAUGUACUGAGAAUAAUUUUCCUAUCUGGGCUGCAGUGAUGCUGUGUGUAACUUACGGUGGAAGUUUUAGCUCGGUUUUAACAGUGAUAUGUGCAUGAUUGUAACUUUUAUUUGCUUAGAAUGUGGUACUUAGAAACGGUUUUGAAAUUGCCGCAGUUUCUUAAGAGGUGCACUAAAAAAAAUCAGCCUGCCAAAAACUAGAAAAGUCCAUUCUUCUUUGACAAGUGGAUACACCUACUCAGUGCUUCAAAGUUGCACUAAGUACCAAAGUCCAAGUUGUGCAAGUUGUUACUGCGGGGAGAAGACUCCAAGUUGUUGUUUUAACGUUCAAUGAGGUGUUCAAAUCUGUUGUCAGAGGAGUCACAACAGUUGUUUAAAAUGAAACUGUAUUUUCUGGCAGGUGUUCAUUCAGGCUCCUGUAACAAAGAACUAGACUUCAUCAGGCGAGGGUCAUUUUGCUCCAUCAUUUCAAACAAAAAGAAGACCUUGCAACAUUUUGCCAAAUUUAUUUAAUUACAGAAACAUUACUGUUUUGAGCCCUUCGUUUUAGGAGAUCCUGUUUUUAGAAAUGCUGGCAACCUUUUAGACAUCUUAAGAGUUUAGGUAUAUGACCUACCCUCGGUUUGUUUUUACAGUAAGUAAUGCUAUCCACACACUACUGGUCAAAAUAGGAUGCUAAAGAACAUUAAAAAUGUUCUAACUCCAAAUGUUAUCUUUGUUUUAAAACAUUAUUUUUUUAAAAAAAAGCACAGUUGAACAAUUUGCCUCUUUUUCUUAUGUGAAUAAUUAAUCACUCUGUAAAAUAAAGGGCAGAAAUAUUUUUUUUAAAAACCACUAUCAAUGUUGCAAUUUUAUUUUAUUUUUUUAGGGAAAGGUCAAGUUCUUAAGCUAUUAGUUGCAACAAUGUGAGCCAUUAUUUAUAUAAACAGAACUUCUGUUUUUAUGUCGGACUGCUUAGCUAGGCCACGGUUAUAUUCGGCUCACUCAGUCCCUGAUGAGCAGAAAGUCCGCCAUGUUGAUUU